AUAAAAUUGAUUGAAUAGAGGUUAACUGAUACUUAAACACUUGUAAUCGGGCUAAAGUUUAAAAAGUUCAUUGGUUAGUUUCUUUACAUAUAAUGUAUAUAAAUUCAAUCAAUUUCAUUUAAAAUUAAUCGAUACAGUUACAGUUUCAGUCAUGAGUUUACAUAAGGCAGCCAGAGUUUGGAAUCCUUGUCAGAACCUUUUAUCAAAAGUUAAGGAAAAUAAAUAUGCCAUAGUUAUCCUAAAUACGCCAAUUGAAUCUAGUUUUAAUCCCGCUUUAAUUGUAGGACUGUGGAAACAAGCUAAGGUUAGAGUAACAGUUGAUGGUGGUACAGAACGCUGGCUAACAUGGUUAAAAAUGAAUGAAUCAGAGUUUAAGAACAUACCACAUCCUGAUUUAAUCACGGGAGACAUGGAUUCUAUCCCGCAAGAUAUUUUGAACCACUAUAAAGGAAUAUCAGCAACAACUAUAAUUAGUACUCCUGAUCAAGACGAGACUGAUUUUUUUAAAUCCUUAAUUGAACUGCAAAAUCAUUGUAGCUCAAAUAAUAUAAAGUUGGACACCAUUUAUGUUCUUGCUGAUACAUCCGGCCGGUUAGACCAAGUGAUGGCAAACAUUAACACCCUAUAUAAAAUGAGAAACAUUAUGAGCGAUAUUGAUAUAUUUUUAGUAGCUUCCUCUUCGAUUAGUUGGUUGUUAGAUACAGGUUCACACGAAAUAAUCCUACCACAGAACUUGAUAAAAAGUGGAAGUUGGUGUGCGCUUUUGCCUGUAGGAGCCCCCAGCAUUGUAACCUCGUCGGGACUCAAAUGGAAUUUAAAUGAGGAUACUUUAGAAUUUGGAGCUUUAGUUAGUUCUUCAAAUACUUAUGACGGUACAUGUCCAAUAAACAUUAAAACUAGUUCUCCUUUAAUCUGGUCGAUGAGUAUUGAAUCACUUUUAUAAGACAAACAUUUUCCAAAGACUAAAUAUAUAUAUAUAUAUAUAUAUAUAUAUAUAUAUAUAUAUAUAUAUAUAUAUAUAUAGAAAAGAAAUUUAAUCUUUGCAGAUAAGUUAAAUAGUAAACUCUUAAAUAGAGAUUUCCCCAAUAUUUAAGAGUUU